AAUGGCGGCGUUUUUUGGUGGCAGCGGCGUCAUACGUCGUGCAUUAAGAGACAAUCAAAUAGAAAAACUUAUAGGUUUUAAAAAAUGGACCCUCAUAGUAUUGAUCCACUUUUUCGAUUUAGCAAUAGUUAAUGCACGGAGAGCUUACAGAAUUGAUUGCGAGGCUAAGAAGUAUCCCCGUUGCAAGAUACUAGAUUUACUUGAUUUUCGUAUGGAAAUCCACGAAGUACUAAUUAACGUACCAGAAAAGAGGCAAUGUGAAGAAGCAGGUGAUGCCUCAGAUGGUGAAAUGCCAGUUCCAAGAAAAUAUGCAAAGUCUGCCAGGCCGUCUGUAUCCCUGAGGUAUGAUGGUUAUGAUCAUUUACCUAUAUUUUAUGACAUGAAUUCUCCAAGGGCUUGCCAAUUUGAAACUGCUGCAGCCGUACUAAGACACGUUGCAUUUAAUGCAAUGUGUACCUAUGCAUCUCACGUAACCAAAAGCUGUUUUUUUUAUCAUAAGAAGUAAAAAUUGUUUGUUAUUGUUUUAAGUUUGAUAU